UAAGAGUUAUAUCACAUCGGAACACUGCAUGCCGGUAACUUUGACUGAAAACCGGGAGGUGUGGCUGCAUUUCUGUCUAAGAACUCUAUCAACAUUAACCUCUUCAUCAAUAUAAUAGAAAUGGCGACCUAUGAUGAGCACGAGUCGAAGUUCAUGAGGAAAGCUAAGGAGAAUCCAUUUGUCCCGGCAGGGAUGGCAGGAUUCUUUGCAAUUGUGGGCUAUGGCCUGUACAGAUUGAAGAGCCGGGGGGACACAAAAAUGUCCGUCCAUCUCAUCCAUAUGCGUGUGGCUGCCCAGGGAUUUGUGGUGGGAGCAAUGACCAUCGGAGUCAUUUAUUCAAUGUACAGAGACUACAUCGUGAAGCCCAGAGAACAGGAGAAAGCCCUGAAAAACCACUGAAAAUGUUCACCGGCCCAUUUUUUAUGUUCUCGGAUGACGCCUCAUUAAGGUGUUAAGUCGUUGAUGUACUCUUAAUAUAAGUGCAAUUCAUAUUCGCUUGUAAUGGUGUAUGAAUUGCUUUAGCAACCUUUUGGUGCAUUUUUAGAUUGCACCUUCUGACCACAUAUAUCACUGUGCUCUAUCAAAAUGUAAUGCCUAAUCUGUACAAAAUGCAAUGAUUUAAUAUUACUGUUAUGGACUUCAGGGUAGAUCCACUCCAUCCAGUAAUUUCAAACUGGGUUGUCGUACAUUAAUCAGGGAACUCUCAUUCCACGCUGAAAAUGACAUUAGAGCAGAAGGCAGCAGAGUAAAAAUGUGGAAAUUUGUUAAGUUCAUUUCACAGUGCAACUGGGAAAUGGUUCCAAUUUGUGAAUGCUUGAAACGUCUUUCUGGGAUCAGUAGUGGAGUCAGAUAAAUAGUCUUAGAUUAAAAGCAAAUGUUGGGCUGGAAAGACAAGGUUAUUUGUGAAGGAAAGAAAAUUAUUAAAAAAAGGAAAGAACCCUCUUUGUGCAAGUGCCAGGGCAUUUCAAACAGGC